UAUAAUUGCUGUGUAACCUGUUUUCCUCUUCAAACCGAAAGAAUCAACAGAGAGAGAGAGAGAGAGAGAGAGGUGGAGAGCUGGUAAAGGAAUGUCUGCUCAUAAGAUGUUUAUUAAUCUUCUAUAUCUACUUUUCUUCAAGGUGCAAGGUGGAUUAAUGGUUCAUGGAGAUCCUCAUCAAAAUAUACAAGUACUGAAACCAUCAUCAUCAUCAUCUCACAUUGGUCAUGGUCAUGAUACUAGUUUGUUUAUAAGAUUUGAUGAAAUACACGUUGGGAAAAUAAUCAAGACCAAAUUCGAUUUGGGUGAUCCUUCUUCUUCUAAGUCUACCCAUCAUCUCCUCCCCAAAGAGGUGGCCGACUCAAUACCUUUCUCAUCAUCCGACCUCCCAAACAUUCUCUCACUCUUCUCAAUCCCUCAAGGUUCCCGGAAAGCCAUAGUGAUGGAAGAAACUCUAUCUACUUGUCAACAUGGUGUUCUUCUUGAAGGAGAGAUCAGUACGUGUGCAACCUCCUUGGAGUCCAUGCUUGAUUUCGUGAGCGGCGUGUUCGGCUCCAGAGAUUCGCUCAGAGUCUUAACCAAUACUCGCAAACCCACAUCGCGAGGUACUUCCGACGAGGACGAGUACGUCAUAGUGAAAGUGGAAGAGAUUCCGGUUGGUAAGAUGAUAGGAUGUCAUGUGAUGCGUUAUCCUUAUACAGUUUACGGCUGCCAUCACCUGUCUAAUACCAAAACCAAGGUUUUUAGGGUUUCAGUUGAAGGCAGCAAAGGAGAAGAUGAAGUACUGGAAGUUCCUGUUGCUUGUCAGAUGAACACAUGUGGUUGGGAUCCGAACCACGAAGCAUUUCAGACACUCAACUUCAAGCCUUGUACCGCUCCGGUGUGUCACAUGUUUCCUGAAGGAGACCUUGCUUGGAUUCAGCCAUCAAAACCUAUCUAAUCUAUAUUGGUUUCGAUCAUUCUCGAUCUCCUUGUUGCUUCAAUUCAGUCUCAAGUGUGGUGAUAUUAAAUAUUAUAUAUAUAUAUAUAUGUAAUGAAUUUCAGUUCAGUUUCUGUGAGUCCAUCAGUAAAUAAAAUUGUGUUACUUUUGUUA